UAUUACAUUUUGUGUACAAUGUAUUCCUGAUAAAUUAAAAACAGGUUUGUUAAGAUAGAGUGUUAUAGGUAACACAAAGAACCAUGCGGUCAAAUGUGCUUUACGUUCAUGAAUUACAAUCGGUUGCUCUCCAAAAGCGUGCGAAGCCAGAUCCCAUAUGUUGACAUCGAUUUGCAUAUAAAUGAUAACAAGGCCAUGCAUGGAGACUUUGUUGUGACGCUAUUUCUUGAAAAUACUAGGUACAGCCAAGGGAAUUAAGCUAGAGUCUUUCCGAAAAACGGCGAUCUGCAUGCCAAGGAGAAAUCGACUAUAUCAGUAAUCUCAUCAUUAAUCAGUCUGUCGUUGAGCAGGGUACAUAGAAAUCAAAAGCCAUGUCUGCUGACGACUGUUCGGAGGCCUCAUCCUCAGAUGAUACAUUUUCGCCAACAGUUAGAAGGAGAAGAAAAUGUUAUAAACCUACUAGAAGUGCAUCAAAAACAGAUCCAUCGUUCAAGGGUGCAACUGUUUCUAUGAUGACACACGUAAAAGAUGGAGACAGCUACCUGUUCAUAUCAGCACACUUCAGUAAUGUGAAUUAUUUGCUGAAUAAAAGAAACCAUGGUUGUGGAGAGUCUUUCUAUGGAUUGUAUGGCUCCUUGAGUGAAGAUGAAGAUUUACCAGAAUCAUCAGAAACAGCUAGCUAUUUCUUUCCUUGCUCAUCAAAAAUGUGUGCCUCCUGCUCCACAAGAAGAACUCCAUUAUGGCGAGAUGCUGAAGAUGGGACCCCAUUGUGUAAUGCAUGUGGUAUAAGGUUUAAGAAGUAUCGUAUGAGAUGUGGCCAUUGUUGGCACAUCCCCAAGAAGGAUGUCAAGACUUAUCCAAACUGUCCUGUCUGUGGAUCAGUCCUACGAAUUACCGUUGGUCGUCGGUCACCAUGGUGAAAAUACAGUUUUAUAGCAUGAGAGAAUAUUUGCAAGAUCGAGAGUGUAAUACUAGUGUGACGUUUUUUAAAGCCAGUAUCAGCAAAAUUAUAACAAACAGUCUUAAAAUAGGAUAAGUUUUAUAUUGUGAUGUAAAAAAACAUUUUGACUUUAGCUGUUUAUAAAUUUUUUUACAUUAUGAUCAUCUUAAGUGUUCAAGAUAUUUUAGUAUUGUUUUAUUGACAAAUAACAUGUGAUUGUACAAAUUAUUGUAAAUACAUAUUAGUCAUUUUUUCUCCAUUCACGUCACUGAUGAUGUGCAAACAUUUAUACACGACAAGCGCAAGCUAAUGUUUCUUAUUUUAUGGUGUUAAAUACCGUCCUGCUAUUCAUGAUCAGACGUAUUAGUAGUUUUGCUACAACUAAUAGUUUGUGUUCCACUAGCAUUAUCACAUUCAACAAAAAUACUUAGAAAUAAGAUUAAAAUCUCCCUCGUUGUAAUAUUCUCUCAUGUGUACAUUUAAAAGAGGAGGUAUGAUACGAACCAUUUUCUGGACCCCUGAAACUACAAUUUGAUAUUAAACAGUGAUAUUCUUAUGAUGAUGUAACCUGUACAUGGUCGUUUUUACACAUACUGUUUGGGUGAGUAUGAGCUACAGCCUUACCUGUAAAGAUAAUUAUGAUACUCACAUUGGCAUCUAUGUAUACGAUACCAUGAAGCAAAGGCUGGGGCUAAUUUUCAAAAUAUAAUAACGGUUCGAAGUGAAUAUAGUUUGACCUUUUUUGCUGUUUUGCAUUAAAUGCAAGGUUUGAAUUCCUUGAGCAAAUAUGUAAAACAAAAUUCAAAAAUAUAAAUACUGGCAUCAGACAACAUGUCUUUCUUGUGAACAUUUGACGGAUUUUAUUAGAUUGCUUUUUUACUUUGAUUAUCAAAGUCAAGGGGACAGAACCAGUGGCCUUAACAUAUUUUCUCUUUUGGGGAUAUGAUUAAAUAAGUCUUCAAAACUUUAGUUUGUUUCUACAUAAUUUUUAGUUUUUCUCAUUUGUGAAUUCUGUUAUUUUUUGUUUUCUUGAAACACAGAUAGUGUUUUCAGAUUAUUAUUUUGUUGAACCAUUCAUGUGAUUUCCAAAAUACUUAUUAAUAUAUUUAGUUCGAAUAAUUUGUUUGUUCUUACAGAUAUUAUCCGCCGGUGGGUUUGAUAAUUAUCGCAUGUAUGGACAUUUAUGAUAUUUGUUUUGUUCUUAUUUAAACACAGGUAGUGUUUUUGGUGUUAUGAGGACUUUAGGAAUACUCUCUGGAUCCACAUGUUUAUGGGAGUCUGCAUAUGACUUCCAUUUAUUCCUUGACUUAAGUUUAACAUUUGAAGUGAUUGCUUAGAUAACAAGUUACAUGAUGAUGAGCGGCACUGUAUAAGAGAUUUGUUAACAAUAUCAUACCUAUUAUUAAGCCCUCCUCUUCAAUGGAACAGUUCAACUUAUAAACAUUUAAAUGGCCAGGUAAACACCAACUGAUUCUGGGGAAAGGUUUUAUUUCCUUUGCAAUAAGUGUAAACUGAUUUUUGGCAUUAUAAUAGUGCAAUUCCAUGACUGCAUGUGAUCUACAUAAGUGAUAUCUAAAAUAAUGAAUUUAAUAUUUCAGAGAAUUUACGAAAAAUAUAUUUAUUGUUAUUUUUGUAAGAUUUAUGU